AUAUUGUGCUUUGUCUGUCUCGGCAUACUAGCUUGUCCACCAGCAGGCCUGGCAGCUAGCCAGCUGUCAUUUGGAUGUUCUGUUCUGUUUUAAAGAUCUAUUUUUGUCCAGUAAGGAAGCCAAGGUGGAUAAUGAUAUAUGACGACAUACCAGCCCCUGCAACCGCUCACACACACACAAAGCUGGUUUAUGCAGCAGCAGACCUGAAGUUUACAGUAAUGGUGAUAAAUGGCACCCUGUCUGUCUAGUCUUUUCCUGCAGAACUGUGUGAACCAUCCAACAAUGAGUGCCUCAGAGAGUGAGGAAGACUCCUACAACGAGAGGACGGCGUUGGUCCCGGCCGAGAACCCGGCUGUGCCCUCGUACCAGCCAGACCCUCACCAACCGCCGCCCCCGGACAACGAGACCAAAAGGCGUGAUGGGGAGCAGAGCAGGGCCGGGUCUAGAGUGGACCGUGGUGCCGGCGAGCGCGACGCUGACCUGGACGAGGAGGAGCUGACUCUGAAGUACGGCGCCAAGCAUGUCAUCAUGCUGUUCAUCCCCGUCACCCUCUGCAUGGUCGUGGUGGUGACGACCAUCAAGUCCGUCAGCUUCUACACCGAGAAGAGUGGUCAGCAGCUAAUCUACACACCCUUCACGGAGGACACGCCGUCUGUCGGGCGCCGUCUCCUCAACUCCGUUCUCAACACCAUCAUCAUGAUCAGCGUCAUCGUUGUCAUGACCAUCCUGCUGGUCCUGCUCUACAAGUACCGCUGCUACAAGUUCAUCCACGGCUGGCUCAUCCUCUCCUCCCUCAUGCUGCUCUUCUGGUUCAGCUUCAUGUACCUGAGGGAGGUGUUUAAGACGUACAACGUCGCCAUGGACUACCCCACAGUGGCCAUCAUUAUCUGGAACUUCGGGGCGGUAGGCAUGAUCUGUAUCCACUGGAAGGGCCCGCUGCAGCUCCAGCAGGCCUACCUGAUCAUCAUCAGCGCCCUCAUGGCCCUCAUCUUCAUCAAGUACUUGCCUGAGUGGUCAGCCUGGGUCAUCCUGGGUGCCAUCUCCAUCUACGACUUGAUCGCCGUUCUGAGUCCUAAAGGUCCCCUCAGGAUGCUGGUGGAAACAGCCCAGGAGCGCAACGAGCCCAUAUUCCCCGCCCUCAUUUACUCCUCUGCCAUGGUUUGGAUGGUGGGCAUGGCCAACCCUCCCACAAACGCGGACCCUGCCAGUCACGAUACAGAUGAAGAGGCCCAGCAGAGUGACGACGGCAUGCUGGACAGGGACGGGACACCAGAGCCAGAGUCCAGAGGGUCCUCUGAAAGGUCCAGGUCCUACUCCACAGAGGAGGAUCUGGAGGAGGACAGAGGAGUGAAGCUCGGACUGGGGGAUUUCAUCUUUUACAGCGUGCUGGUGGGUAAAGCAGCCGCCACUGGAGGAGACUGGAACACCACUAUCGCCUGCUUUGUGGCCAUUCUCAUUGGGCUGUGCCUCACUCUGCUGCUGCUGGCCAUAUUUAAGAAAGCCCUGCCGGCUCUGCCCAUCUCCAUCACGUUCGGUCUGGUCUUCUACUUCUCCACAGACUACAUUGUCCGACCGUUUAUGGAUAACUUGGCCGCUCACCAGUACUACAUCUGAGAGCCCCGCCCUCUCGCCCGCCCCUUUGCCCCGCCCACUCCUUCUGCCUAACUGCUGUCAGUGAUCAGCUUAAACGCACAAAUGCUUGUCCCACCAAUGCCUGUCUUCUUCCUGUAUUUACCAGUGGUUUUCCUUUUCAGGCAGUGAAAUGCAUUAUGGGAGAAUGAAAUGAAUUCAAGUUGUUAAUGGCAGCCAUGCAAGAUGGCGCAGACAGGACAUUUGCCUCGAUGGGAUGCUCAACUUAGUCACAAGAGCAUGAACAUUCAGUUUUUAACCAGGAAAAUCAUGACUGUUUAGUAUCGUCUAUGGAAGAGUAUUUACUCACCUGAGAUUAAAAUCCUUAAUUUGGCAAUUAACGUGUUACAAAUACCCCUCUUCCACUGCAUGGUACCGGCUCGCCUCAACCCAGCUCUACUCGCUUUCUUUGGUUUUCCAUUGGGCAAAAGUCAGGGAUAGUACCUGGUACCAGGUACUUUCUUUGGUACCACCUCCGUCGAGGUUCCAAGGGAGCUGAGCUGAGCCCAUACUAAAAGGUGACAUGAAAAUACCACUAUGAAUAAAUAAAAGGCCCGGCGGCCUGUCCAGGGUGUCUCCCCGCCUGCCUCCCAAUGGCUGCUGGGAUAGGCUCCAGCAUCCCCGCCACCCUGAGAGCGGGAUAAGCGGUUAAGACAACGGAUGGAUAAAUAUAAAUAUAUAUGUAUAUUUAUUUAAAUAUAAAUAAAAUCUUAUAAAAUAAAUAGAAAAUAUUAAAUUUAAAUAUAAAUAAAUAAAAUAUAAGCAAAAAUGUAAAUACAAUUUAUUUAUAUUUAUUUAAAUAUAAUUAAAAUCUGACCACUGAUUGGUCAGAGAGAAACUGGUCAGCUGUGUUUAUAACAGGAAAUGCAAAGCGAGUGUUAUGAUAGAUGAUAAUGUAUCCAUGUGACACAUGACGUGUCGUCAGCGAGUCUCUUAGUGACACUACUAUUGUUCAUGUGAGCACAUUCAGAGCUGGGCUGGUUGACGUGACGUGGGGCGCUGCGAGACAAGGGAGGAACAACUGGUCACCACGCCCACAAACGACCCGCGGGCAUUCUCCGUCAGCCAACACUCUUUCCCUAGGAUUAAUCUGGAAAGUUCCCACCCUCAGGCGCUAGGAUUGGCCAGAUCUGCCUGUCGGUCAACUUUCCGGAUUCAUCCUAGGAAAAAAAAUAUUCGCUUACCGUACACAGUUAAGUUUGCACAGUUAGCUUGGUUGCAAACGUGGCUAAUGGCUAACAGUUAGCUAGCAAACGUGGCUAGGGUUAGGGUUGUUGCGCGUUCGCAUCGGCCUUGACUGACAGGCAGAUCUGGCCAAUCCUAGCGCCUGAGGGUGGGAACCGUGAGGGGACCCUAUCUGCAGUGGAAAACCACAUCCCACCAAGUAAAGCGAGUAGAGUCGAUCAGAGUAGAGCCCAGUAGAGCCAUGCAGUGGAAAAGGGGUAAAGGUGAUUUGGGUCAUUGGGGAUGGUACAGAGAUUUUUGUUUUUUAGACCGAUAGCAUAGUAGGAAAGGUAAGCAAACUCCUUUAAUGAUGUAGUAGAUCUGAAGGAGGCAUUUAACAGUUAGUUGUGAUGUCUGUCCAUUGAGCUAAAGACUCCUAGAGUGUCGAUGUCAUUCUGAGCCCUUCAAGUCACAUCUGGAUCCAGUCGCUUUCAAGUCACAUCUGGAUCCAGUCACGUUCAGUGUGUGGAAAGAUGAGCGGGACUCCUGAAUCUUGUUUGCCAAUGAGUCUGUCUUUACGAUAUGUUGAAUACUGAAUGAAUGUUGUAAUACUGAGAUGGAACAUGGAGUAUCUUUUUAUAUGUUAAAAUUAAUUAAUAUAUAUAUAUAUAUAAAUAUACUAA